UAACAGGGGAGAUAAUAAAAAGUAAAAAUGGUUCUAAAAAUCUUGAAAGCAGAAUUUUGUUUUAAGAAAUUAGGGUUUGGGGAUGUUCAUCCUGGUAGAUUUGUAUAUUCUCAGUGGCGAUUACCUCCCUUGAUUUAUCUCUUGUAUCGACUAGCACUGGCAGCUUAUGCAGAUUACUGGAUAAUUGAAACUGGUACUAUGAUGGAGUCUAUGAGAUGGCAGAACACAUCAACAUUGACAAAUGGUAGCAGUCGCAUGUUAAUUGAAUAUUCCUUUCCAGUCUAUCUGACAAACUGGACCUAUCUAAUGCUUUGUUUAUAUUUAACCCUUCAUUUUCUGUUUGCGCUGCUUCAUUACUGCAUUAAGUUUAGGACUUCAAACAUGCUCUCAAGACCCCAUGCUGAAGGACAUCGUGCCUUGUUUAAUGAAUUGACCUUGACUCCAACUUUUUGGGAUGAAGAUCGUGAUUCAGAAGAGACAGAAGAUGCUAUUGUUAAAUUGUAUUCCUUGCCGUGGUACUUUAAACUUACAUGGAUUUUUUAUACCAUUGCUACCACAGCUUCUGUAAUGGUGACAUUUAUGUUUUUUGCAUUUUUAUGGCCACAAUUUGACCACAGUAAAGGAAUUGACAUUAUCAACUUACAGCUACAUGGCAUAAAUUCUGUGAUAGUUGUCGUAGAUCUUCUAAUCAGUGCAGUACCAGUUAGAUUAUUACAUGCAGUAUAUGCCAUAAUUUAUGGCCUGAUUUAUAUCACAUUUACUGGCAUAUUUUUUGCUGCUGGUAAUCGCAGUCCCAUAUACCCACAUGUAUUGGAUUGGAGACAGCCUGCAAUUACUAUUGGUGUGGUGGUUGGUGUAGCAGUAAUUGCUGUGCCAAUAGUUCAUUUAGUCUUGUUUGGUAUUCACAGAAUAAAGGUUCAAAUUUAUCAUAAAAUUACACCUUGGUCUACCUUAUGAGUUUCAUUCAUAAGAGCUAUAAAGACAAAUGAGAAAUAUCUGGUAAUUCCAUGUACAUGUUACUACAUGUAUGUUGGAUUUUUUUUCUGUCAGAUUGUUUAAGCCUUAAAAGGAGCAUCUUAUAUACAAGUGUAAUUCCCGAUAUAAUGGAUAUGGUCCAAUCAUGAUACAUAUACCUAUUACCAACAACAUGGUCUUUGAACACUUUUUGAUACUUAAACAUUUAGGCCAAAAUAAUUUUUGCAAAAAUCUCAAAUUCUCUGAUCAUGUUUAUUGCAUUUUGGAAAUAUAUAUGCAUUCAAUUUGACAUAAAUUGAUAAUAAUAAUAAAUUUGUCAUCUGUUUCUUUUUUUUUAAUAUGUGAACUUAUUUAUGAUUUGUUGUAAAUGGCUGCUCAUUUUAGAGACAAAAUCAAUGCUUUCAUUUAAGGGGGCUUGUGGGUAUAAAUCAUUUUUUUUUUUGUAAUAUAGGAUUUCGCUAUAUUUUUUUUUAUAAAUGAAGUUUAUCAUAUCAUGUUAACAUGGUCAAUAGAAAAAUGAAAUAAAAAAAUGGGUGCACCGUUUAUUUAAGCUCACAAUCUUCCUCCGAAAGAAGCAUACAUUUUUGUUAAUAAUGAUCUUUUUUUCUGUUAAACUAAUAGGAGAAAUAGAGGUAAUAUCGUAAUAAAAUAAUAACAUAAUUUCAGAAAUUGCCUAAAUUUUACGAUUAUUUUGUUUAUGUAUAGCUUAUUUGAAAACAAUAAUAAAAAAUAUAGGUCACAGAUGUGUUAAAAAAGAUAUAUCAAUGUUAAUGCAAAAAAAAUGGCAUUUCUGCACCAAAGGGAGAUAAUUUGGAGCUUUUUCAAUGAUAGUAACAUUUUAAAAGUCAUUGAGGGCCAAACAGAAUCGAUUUUUUUGGUUGAUUUUUGUACCAUAUUAUAAAGUAAUAACCAAUAGUGUAAUAAAUAAAAUUUGUAAUGAAAAAAAAAAAAAAAAAAAAAAAUCUGAAAUUUUU